GCGGACGAACGCUUCCCAGCCUGCAUUCGCGACGCCGUGUCGCAGGUGCUCAAGGGCUACGACUGGAGCCUGGUGCCCAUGCCGGUGCGCGGCGGCGGCGGGGGCGCACUCAAGGCCAAACCGCACGUGAAGCGGCCCAUGAACGCCUUCAUGGUGUGGGCGCAGGCAGCUCGCCGAAAGCUGGCCGACCAGUACCCGCACCUGCACAACGCCGAGCUCAGCAAGACACUGGGCAAGCUGUGGCGCUUGCUGAGUGAGAAUGAGAAGCGCCCCUUCGUGGAGGAGGCGGAGCGGCUGCGGGUUCAGCACAAGAAGGACCACCCUGAUUACAAGUACCAACCCCGCCGGAGGAAGAGCGUCAAGACAGGCCAGAGCGACUCCGACUCGGGCGCCGAACUGGGCCACCACCCAAGCGGUGCUGUGUACAAGACUGACACGGGCCUUGGCGACGUACACCACCACGGCGACCACACAGGGCAGACCCACGGGCCACCCACCCCACCUACCACCCCCAAGACGGACCUGCACCAAGGGGGCAAGCAAGAGCUGAAGCUGGAAGGCCGCCGCCUGGUGGACAGUGGGCGCCAGAACAUCGACUUCAGUAAUGUGGACAUCUCAGAGCUGAGCAGUGAGGUCAUCGGCAACAUGGACACCUUCGAUGUCCACGAGUUUGACCAGUACCUGCCCCUCAAUGGCCACUCUGCCCUGCCCACAGAGCCGGGCCAGCCUUCCACCUCUGGCUCCUACGGGGGUGCCUCCUACUCACACUCCGGGUCGGCGGGCAUUGGAGCAUCCCCUGUGUGGGCACACAAGGGAGCCCCAUCGGCCUCUGCAUCACCCACCGAAGCAGGUCCCCCUCGACCGCACAUCAAGACCGAGCAGCUGAGCCCCGGCCACUAUGGUGACCAAUCGCACAGCUCUCCAGGCCGUACUGACUACAGCUCCUACAGUGCCCAGGCCAGUGUCACCACGGCCGCCUCUGCUGCAGCUGCCAGCUCCUUCACCAGCUCACAGUGCGACUACACCGACCUGCAGGCCCCCAACUACUACAACCCGUAUGCUGGCUACCCGUCCAGCCUCUAUCAGUAUCCCUACUUCCACUCAUCCCGCCGGCCCUAUACCUCACCCCUGCUCAGCAGCCUCUCUGUGCCACCUGCUCACAGCCCCCCUAGUAACUGGGACCAGCCCGUGUACACCACCCUGACCAGACCCUGAAGGCACCGUGGUUGAGUGGAGAGGGCCGGCCUGGGCAGAGGAGAACCUUUAUCUCUUCAAAGACAGAGCCUCUGAGGUCACCCUGGAGGUGUUGGUCAUCGAGGUGAGAAGAGGCAGCCGUGUGUGCCCAGCUCCAUCAAGUGCCUGCUGAUGUGUGCAGGAAACCACCUGAGCCCCUUUGCUUUGCUUCGAGAUCUCCAAACUUCUGUCAAUGGACAAAGCCCUCUUUUCCUCCCCUCUCUCUGUGGUGACUGGCAACUUUGAAAUGAAGGAUAGCCACUGGGUCCCUUUUCUGCACAGACACCAGCGCCUUGGUUUUGCAUCACAGUGGAUGCCAAACGGAGCCACGGUACAAAGGACAAAAGGAGGGAAGAGGCGACGGGUAUCCAGGCCCCCUUCGUUCUGAGCUCCCGGCCAGCCUCAGCACCAAGAACUCCCAGGACCCAUGGAUGCCAUUUCCACGGCGAAAGGGCACAUCCACAGCCUUGGGGGUGCGUUCGGAGGAGCAGUUUGGCGGGGAUGCAUCCACAGGACCACCUUGGCAGGGAUGAGUCUGCAGGAGCAUCUCUUGGGACCAGCUUGUUAGAUCUGAGGUGUUCCUUGUAGUUAGGGCUCUUCUGAGGAAGGUUUGGCUGUGAUUAACACUUCUUUCUUUUUAUUUUAUUUUGUUUUAAUUUUUAUUUUUGAGACUCAAACGUGUUUGAUUUGUUUUGAAAGCUGUUAAAAUGUAUUUAUGUCCUGUAUUAUUUUAUCUUUAAUUAAUGAAGUAAUUUGUGCAGAGAGUAGAAUUUAAGAUAAAACGAAAGCCUGGGAGCUGAGGACUUGGGCCCGGAGGGCAGGUGGGGUUGGGACCCUCGAUCUGGGCCUUUUGGAGCUGGGCUGCUGGGAGGCGCCAGGGAGGGCCUGAGCUCCAGGCUUCCGGGAGGCAGCUGGGACUGUGAGGGAGAAGGAAUUUGCCUUGUAGUGUCUCUGAUCAGGUUGGGGUGCUCCGGGCACCAGGUAUUAACUUGAGGUUUAGGAGGCAGGGACAUCAUUGUGUUUCAUCCCUGCCCACAACUGUGCUAAGUGGUAGAGACGGGAAUUUCCUGGGAUGUGGUGGCUUUAGAAACACAUUAACCUUGGCUCCUAGGAACCAGGCGCCACCUCCAAGCUGUGAAACUAAAACCUUCACUAAGCGUUUUUAGAUUCUUCGUUUUAGACGAAUAAUAAUACCUGACUUACCUGUACUGCUUCCGCUGUACGCUCAGCUAUGAUAACUGCCAGUGUCAUGGAAACUUGUGCCUUUAAACUUUGUAAAUUUAAAUACAUUGAAGUUGCUUCUUUUUACUUUUUCUACUUUUCCUACCUUUUUUCUAGAAAAGUCUUUUGCAUAUCUCUUUCUGUGGGUGGGGGCGGGGAAGUACAACACUCAUUUUUAUGCAAUCUAUUUUUCAGUGUUGAGUUUGAACUUUUACUCUCACUUACCUGCUGUGUUUCACUACUUUCUGGCCAAGCCAUGCUAACUUUUGUACAGAUUGAUUUGAUGAAAUUAAAAAAAAAAAAAUGCUUUCUAUCUA